GCAGGAGCGUUCCAGCCGCGUCUCGCCGUCGCCCUGGCCCCGCGCGCUCAGAGCGCCCGGCCGGGCCCCUCACACUCCCCGCGCGCCGACGACCUCGCGCGGGCGGAGGGCGCCGGGCGCGCGGUGCACUUGCCGGGCGGUGCAGGUGGCGGCGCGCGCCCCGCGCUCUGGGCCGCGGCCAGCGCCGCGCCGCGCGCCCGGAGGGGCGGGGGAGGCGGGGCGGCCCGGCCCGGCCCCAUUUAACUUCGCGGCGGCGGCGGCGGCGGCGCGGCGGGCCGGAGGCCGGCGUCGGGGAAGGUCCGGGCGCGGAGUCCGCACCAGGGACGGACGGGGCCGCCGCGCCGUCUCCCCUCAGCGCGCGCCGAGCCCGCGCCGCCCGGGGCCGCCGGUUCCAGACGCAUCCGCGGUGCCAGGCUUAAGGUGAGACCCAUCCGGGACACCGGGCUCCAUGGCUUCCUCCUGCAGGAGCCCCCCGUGGCUGCUGAUCUGGGCGGUCCUGGCGCGCACUGCCCUCCGGCAGGCCGAGGCAGAGACGUCCCCGGGAGCCUACUUCCUGCCCGAGUUCGCACUCUCGCCCCAGGGAAGUUUCCUGGAAGACACCACGGGGGAGCGGUUUCUCACCUAUCGCUACGACGACCAGACCUCGAGAAACACCCGGGCGGAUGAAGACAAAGACGGCAACUGGGACGCCUGGGGCGACUGGAGCGACUGCUCGCGGACCUGCGGCGGCGGCGCGUCCUACUCCCUGCGGCGGUGCCUGACCGGGCGGAAUUGUGAAGGGCAGAAUAUCCGAUACAGGACAUGCAGCAAUCACGACUGUCCCCCCGAUGCCGAGGACUUCCGCGCUCAGCAGUGCUCUGCCUACAACGACGUCCAGUACCAGGGGCAUUACUACGAGUGGCUCCCGCGGUACAACGACCCCGCCGCCCCCUGCGCGCUCAAGUGCCACGCGCGGGGGCAGAACGUGGUGGUGGAGCUGGCUCCCAAGGUGCUGGAUGGAACACGCUGCCACACGGACUCGCUGGACAUGUGCAUCAGCGGCAUUUGCCAGGCGGUGGGCUGCGACCGGCACCUGGGGAGCCAGGCCAAGGAAGACAACUGCGGCGUCUGCGCUGGCGACGGCUCCACCUGCAGGCUGGUGCGGGGACAGUCCAAGGCGCACGUGUCUCCUGAAAAAAGGGAAGACAAUGUGAUCGCCGUCCCUUUGGGGAGUCGCAGUGUGAGGAUCACGGUGAAGGGGCCCGCCCACCUCUUCAUCGAGUCCAAAACGCUCCAGGGACACAAAGGGGAGCACAGCUUCAGCGGCCCCGGCGUGUUCGUGGUGGAGAACACCACCGUGGAGUUCCAGAGGAGCCCCGAGAGGCAGACCUUCAGGAUUGCGGGGCCUCUGAUGGCCGACUUCAUCUUCAAGACCAGGUACACGGUGGCCAAGGACAGCGUGGUCCAGUUCUUCUUCUACCAGCCCAUCAGUCAUCAGUGGAGACAGACGGACUUCUUCCCCUGCACCGUGACCUGCGGGGGAGGGUACCAGCUGAAUUCGGCCGAGUGUGUGGACACGCGCCUGAAGAGGGUGGUCCCCGACCACUACUGCCACUACUACCCCGAGAACGUGAAGCCCAAGCCCAAGCUGAAGGAGUGCGGCAUGGACCCCUGUCCAUCCAGCGACGGGUUCAAGGAGAUCAUGCCCUACGACCACUUCCAGCCUCUCCCUCGCUGGGAGCACAACCCCUGGACGGCGUGCUCCGUGUCCUGCGGCGGGGGCACGCAGCGGCGCAGCUUCGUGUGCGUGGAGGAGUCCCUGCACGGCGAGGUGCUGCAGGUGGAGGAGUGGAAGUGCAUGUACGCGCCCAAGCCCAAGGUCAUGCAGACCUGCAACCUCUUCGACUGCCCCAAGUGGGUCGCCAUGGACUGGUCGCAGUGCACGGUGACCUGCGGCCGGGGGCUGCGCUACCGGGUGGUGCUGUGCAUCAACCACCGCGGCCAGCACGUGGGCGGCUGCAACCCGCAGCUGAAGCUGCACAUCAAGGAGGAGUGCGUCAUCCCCGUCCCCUGCUACAAACCCAGAGAAAAGAGCCCCGUGGAGGCUAAACUGCCUUGGCUGAAACAGGCGCGUGAGCUGGAAGAGACGAGAAUAGCAACAGAAGAACCAACGUUCAUCGCCGAGCCCUGGUCAGCCUGCAGCGCCACCUGCGGGCCGGGCGUUCAGGUGCGAGAGGUCAAGUGCCGCGUGCUGCUCACGUUCACGCAGGCGGAGACGGAGCUGCCCGAGGAGGAGUGCGAGGGCCCGCGGCCGCCCGCCCAGCGGCCGUGCCUCCUCCAGGCCUGCGAGGACGGCCCCCCCGCCCUCGCGCCGGACGCCUCCCUCCCCGAGACGGACGGCGAGACGACGUACCACUGGGAGUACGCGGGGUUUACGCCUUGCACCGCGACGUGUCUGGGAGGCCGUCAGGAAGCCAUCGCCGUGUGCUUGCACAUCCAGACCCAGCAGACCGUCAACGACACCCUGUGCGACACGCUCCACCGGCCCCCGGCCAUGAGCCAGGCUUGCAACACGGAGCCCUGCCCACCCAGGUGGCACACGGGCGCUUGGGGACCCUGCUCGGCCACCUGCGGUGUUGGGAUCCAGACCCGGGACGUGCACUGCCUGCACCCCGGGGAGCCCCCCGCCCCUGCGGAGGGCUGCGGCGACGAGAAGCCCCACGCCUUGCAGGCCUGCAACCAGUUCGACUGCCCGCCCGGCUGGCACAUUGAAGAGUGGCAGCAGUGCUCCCGGACGUGCGGCGGGGGCACCCAGAACCGGAGGGUCACCUGCCGGCAGCUGUUGACGGACGGCAGCUUUCUGAACCUCCCAGACGCGUUGUGCCAGGGGCCCAAGGCAUCGUCCCGCAAGUCCUGCGCCAGGACAGACUGCCCGCCGCACGUGACCGUGGGAGACUGGUCCGAGUGCUCCGUCAGCUGCGGCGCGGGCACCCAGCGCAGAGAGCGGGCGUGUCAGAGGCUGACCGCCAAGGGCCGGCGCGUCCCCCUCGGCGAGUCCUCGUGCCGCGACCUCCCGGGGCCCCCUCUGGUGAGAGCGUGCCACAUGCCCGCGUGCAGCGAAACGAAAGCAGACAUGAAGACAAAAGCCGGCGAGCAGGGUCCUCAGAUCCUGGGCGUGCAGAAAGUCUACAUCCAGACCAGGGAAGAGAAGCGCAUCAACCUGACCGUCGGCAGCCGGGCCUAUCUGUUGCCCAACACCUCCGUGAUCAUUAAGUGCCCGGUGCGGCGAUUCCAGAAAUCGCGGAUCCAGUGGGAGAAGGACGGCCACUGUCUGCAGAACUCCAAACGCCUGGGCGUCACCAAGUCGGGCUCCCUGAAGAUCCACAGCCUCGCAGCCCCCGACAUCGGCCUGUACCGCUGCAUCGCGGGCUCCGCCCGGGAGACCGUCGUCCUCAAGCUCAUCGGAACGGACAACCGGCUCAUCGCGCCCCCGGCCCUCGGAGACCGCGCCCGGGGACUCCCGGGGAUGGACCACGGCCAAGCCGGCGGCUCGGGAGUCACGUGGCAUCAGAUGAGGCAGAUGUGGAACGACAAAAAUGAGCUGCAUCGGGACGGGGGCCCGAUGGGUCCCCAGCCUUUCCUCAGGGCCCUGCUGGGACACUGCCCCAGCUCUGCGGGAAGCGCCAGCUCCUGGGAGUUGAAGACGAAGCAGUUCGAAGCGGCCGUUAAACAGGGGGCCUACAGCAUGGACACCGCCCAGUUUGACGAGCUGAUAAGAAACAUGAGUCAGCUCAUGGAGACAGGGGAGAUCAGCGACGACGUGGCCUCGCAGGUGAUAUAUCAGCUGGUGGCCGAGUUGGCGAAGGCCCCGCCGGUGCACCUGCCGUGGAGGGCCACCCGGGAAGAGGUGCCUCCCGAGGCCCAGCUCAGAGGGGACACGGGACAUGAACCCCAAAGCUCGAGUGUGAAAAACUCGGGCAAGCUGACGUUCAAGCCGAAGGGACCAGUUCUCGCCAGGCAAAGCCAGCCCACCUCGGUUUCCUUUAAUAAAACGGUAACUUCGAGGAUCGGGAAUACCGUGUACAUCACGAAAAAGACGGCGGUCAUCAACAUCCUGUGCGAGCUCGUCACCCCCAGUGAGGUCACCUACACGUGGACCAAAGAUGGAGCACUGUUACGACCCUCAGAAAAAGUAACCGUGUCCGGACCCGGGAAACUGCAGAUACGGGACCCCACGAAGAGGGAAGGAGGCCUCUACGGGUGCUCGGUGGCCAAUCGGCUGGGUUCCGACGCGGAGCGUUCCCCGGUGCUGUUCGCAGAGGCGCCUGCCAUCUUGUCCCGGGAAGGAAACGUCACCAGCGCGGAGCUCGGCCCUCUGUCCGCCGCGGUCGGGGGCACCGUGAGGGCGGCCCUGGGAGCAAACGUGACCAUCCGCUGUCCCGUGAGAGGUGUCCCGCGGCCCACGGUGAGGUGGGCGAGGAGAGGGGGGCCUCUGGGCGACGACGUCUCCGUGCUCGUGGACGGGUCGCUGUGGCUGCAGAGCGUGUCCCCGCGAAGCCAAGGAACCUACGUCUGCAGGGCCAGCAACGCGCUCGGGAAGGCGGCGGCGACCUCGGUCCUGAGCCUCCUGGAGCCUUUCUGGAAGCUUGGGAACUGGACGCCGUGCUCGGCCACCUGUGGCCGCGCGGGAGGCCGCGUGCAGAGGCCGCGGUGUGUGAUGGCUGGCGGGCGGGAGGUGAGCGAGGACCUCUGCGGCCACCUCCCGCAGCCCCGCGCUGGGUUCCAGCCCUGCCAUGUCCGGGACUGCCCCUCCAGGUGGUUCGCCAGCCCGUGGUCCGAGUGCUCCGUGUCCUGCGGCGAAGGAUUCCGUGUGCGGCGCGUGGCGUGCAAGCGCACCAAGGCCAGCGGCUCCGUGCGGGCGCUGCCCGCGGCGGCGUGCGACCCCAAAGGCAGGCCUCCGGGGAGAAGACCGUGCGCCGGCCGCCCGUGCGUCGUCGAACCGGGGAGCCAGUGUCCUGAACGGUGCCUGGGCCGUGCCGAGAGGAUACAGCAGCAUCCUGAGGUCUGUCGGAACAGCAGCUCCAACUCCUCCAGCUGCGAUGACGACGGAAGAAGCAGCCCCACGUCCGGGAGGAACUGCUCGUUGGGGGCCUGUGACGCGUGCUGGCACGCCGGCCCGUGGAGGCCCUGCACGGCGGCCUGCGGCCGGGGCUUCCAGUCCCGGAGAGUGGACUGCGUGCACAGCGGGAGCUGCAGGCCCGUGGCCCAGACGUACUGUCCGCCCGGGAAGAAGCCGGUGUCCUGGCAGCACUGCGGGGGGCCGUCCUGUGACAGUAUGUACCCCUCCCAGGAAACUGCACAGACACAGCUGACUCCUGCCCGUCUGUGAAGCACCUCCGCCUGUGCUCGCUGGCCCUGCACCGGCAGAGGUGCUGCGGGCCGUGCCAGGCCGGGUGAGCCCCGGGAGGGGCUGGCCGGGACGCCCGCCCACUGUGCGAAGACGCGACAGAAACAGACGCCCGAGCGCUCUCCGCCGCGCAGCCGGUCCGCACGCGUGUGCUUCUUCAAACACUCCAGACCCUGCCGUCCCGCCCCCGGUCCGGUCCCCGCACCAUCACAGUUUUUGUCGUUUUCCACCGGCGGUUUUUCACGGUGCAUGACGUGUCAUGUGGCGUGUUCCCGGACCAGCCCGAACACGCCAGCAGGCAUGCCGUGGCGCGUGGGACCGCCUCGGCUCCUUCGCAGCAGGCGGUCACCGGAGACCACGCGUGUGCGAGGUCACAUCCUGCUGCUCCCCGGGGCGUGCAGACCAGAGUAGCGCAGAGCACCGGAGACUUGGGAGACGCCGCCAGCGGCGGCUUCCUGUUCUCUCGAGUCUUACGGUGUCUGGAUGUUCACACGGCAUUUACGUUUUGAGGAGCUCUGGCUGGUGGUUCCCCAUGUGUUGGCACUCGUGGGGUUUCUAUGGAUCCUUGAGUCUGUGAGAAAAGACACGGUCACUGUGGCCAGGCUUGGAACACCGACUGGUCCCAGGAUUAUGGGGGGCAGCGGGCAGGGGCGGGGAGGCCACCUCGUUCUUGCUCUUGAAGACCCCGCGGGCGCAAGCGAGAGUGUGGCUGCCGUGUUCACAACUGCGCGAACCUGCCUGGGACCCAGCGAGGCACCUUGGGGACCGAAGGAGAGGGAAGGUUAGCGUUUCCUACUGAUUGUGAAGUAUACGCGACGCGGUCAGAGCUGUGAAUGGAACUUUUUCUGAGCGCUCCUUUCUUGCACACACACAGAAAACCAAAGCCUUAUCACGCCUAAUUUAUGCACAGAGUGGUAUUCCUAAGGACUUUUACUCUGGAACAGUUAUAAGGAGGUAAUCUAAAUAUGAAACGUGGCAGUUGGAAAAAAAAUCGUUGAUGGUAUGUAACUGUUUUGUAAUUGGAACUCUUUUUUUUUUUUUUUUUUCUCCAGCAAAUCGAAAGCGAGAUUAGAGUUAGGCUGGAAGUCACCGUGAGGACGAGGGUUCGAGGCCGGGUUUGGUGGCUGUGGUUAGGGUGCGUUUUCCUUUCCGGAGGAUUGGGUUCGGUGGGACUGGAAGUGAAGUUAGGGCUGAGGCUAGGGUUGGCUGAGGGACUGGGGGCAGGGCCGGGUCCGCUCAGACGUGGGUUGGUCCAGACGGGCCAGAGCUGGCGUCGGUGACGGUGACGAGGUCCGGGCUUGGAGUCAGUGUCACUGCAGGAUACUUUGGGUCUGGCAGUCAAUUGUCAGUUCCGAAGCUGGGUUUGUUAUGGGGCUCUUUCCCGAACAUUCCGCCAGGUAUGGCUUUCGCUGUCCCACGGCCCGAAAUAAGUGUCCCUGCUUCUUCAGUUCACUGUCCCAGCCGCCGGCACUCACGACCGCGAAGGGACGCGAGGCAGGGGGCGCGGGGCCUCGUCCCUGGUCGCUCGUGAGCGAGCGGCGCGUUUGGUGGCCUGUCUGUGGGCCCGCUCGCUGGGUCUCUCCACCGGGUCCUCCCCCCGCACUUCAGCCUCGCUGACACUGUGAUGAUCACUACUGUACGUGGAGGGCUGGCGGCCGGGACGGGAUGGGACGGGGGCGUGGGUCGGACACUGCUCAUCGACCCGCACGCGACUGUGGGAAAGGUUUUUAAAUUAAAAGGGAGAGAUCGUUCUGUAAGAUACUCUUUGUAUGUACUUCAUAGGACUUGGAGGUGCAAUAUUUUAUUUUGUACAGUGUGUAAGAAAGACGUGGGACAUAUAUUUUUCUUACUAACAAAAUUUCUUAUUAAACCGAUUCGCCUUGGUAUUUGAAGUUGCCGUUCCUCAUUCGCUAGUGUCCUUGUCUUGCUGUUCUCACGCAGAGGACGUUCCCGUGGACUGUGUUUUACUGCUGUCUCUACGGCGGCAGAGGAACGCCUCUCGCUCGUGGUCCUUAAGUAAUUCAGAAAUAAACGUACUCUGA